AUGAUAUCAGUAACAUUUUUUAAUAUAGCAAAAGUCGUUGGACAACCUCCCUCAACAAUACUUAUCUAUGACCAAAAAAUAACAAGUGGAAAUCUAACAGCUGGGCCAAAAUCGAGCGGUGCGUUUUAUUAUUUUAAUUUACAAAACAUCACGGACCGCACAGGAGGUCUAAAGAAUGUAUUUGCCCGAGCUGUUACUAGUACCAAAACUUCCUCUCAAACGUCGAGCACUCUUUCUACUCCCGCCUCGGUUGUUUCUAUAAACUCUUCAAAUUUUACAUCGUCUACAAGCUCACAAAAAUCAAACUCUCCCGAUAUUAUACAACAGGAAAUUGCCCCACAAUUCUUAAAUAUUUCCGUGACAAUAUGCACAGCUCCGAACAGCACUACAUCAGCAAACAUUCCACAAUUAGAUAUAUACGUUUCUGAUACUGUGGAAUUACCAGGACCUGAUAAUAAUGCGGAAAAAUAUAAUACGUCUGAAGGAUUAUCCGUAAUAUCUUGGCCAUACAAUGGGAAUAAGAAUGGGGUAUAUAUAGGGAUUUAUGCUCCCUCUUCAGUCACCGGCACUUUUACUUUUCAAAUUGGAACAUCAUUACAUGAAUCAAUGCAUAGUUAUGAUGAUAAAAAUUCUGGAAUAUAUUUGGAUGAUACUGAUGAUAACCAUGCUCUAGUCACCACAAAAGACGCGAUAAACGAUGAUAGUUCAUAUCAUGUAUAUAUUGUGCCUGAAAAUGCUACAAAAGGUCUUUCGAAAUCUUUUUGUGCCUUGAGUAAUAUUUAUGCUCAGAAUCAAAAUGUCACAGUAGCCUAUAAUAAUACCAUUACUCGCGGAUCAAAUGAUGGAAACACACGAAAAUCCGCAUAUUUUGAUGGCUUAAAUAAUGGAACUAGAUAUACGGUUUCCUUAGUUAUUUCUAAAUCUGAAGCCACGACAUUAAUGAAACCAUUAUUAAUCAAUACUAAAAUAUUAGCUUAUGCUGUGCCAGGAAAUCCUUCUAUUGAAGCUGAUAACCUCAGAGAUUUUUACGACAAAGGAACGGCUGGAGCAUUUAAAAAUUUUUCUACCACGUUAGAUCAAUAUGAUUGUCAGAACACUUCUUAUUCAUUAGUACGUAAUUGCAGCGAUUGUAGAAGAGACUACAAAGACUGGUUAUGUGCAGUUUCGAUUCCACGAUGUACUGAUGAGUCGAGUAGUGAUCAAGGGAUUUUACGAACAGUCAAUCAAAGCCGAAAUCCAGAUAUUGAUAAGAUUAUGAAACCUGGCUCUUAUAAAGAAAUUUUACCAUGUAUUGAGCUAUGCUAUAAAGUAGUUCAAUCAUGCCCAGCUUUCUUGUUAUUUAAUUGUCCACUCUCAAAAAUCACUAUGGAUUCAAGUUAUAAUGAAAUGGUUAAUGAUGGAAUGACGGGUCCUACAGGUCAAAAAAACUCGAAUGGAACCUCAACAUUAUGUAACGCUAUGGGCUUAGAAUGGUUACAACAAUCAAGCGCUAUUAGUAAGCGAAAUCGUCGGAGAUUUUGGAUGUUGAUUGAACAUUUUUAUGGGAUUAUAAUAUUUUGUGAAUUAUUAUUAAUAUUUGGCAAUUUUUUCUUUUAG